CUCCAAACCUGUGUUGUAGCUUCGUCUGCGUGUGCGUGACAAGCGGGUCGAGUCUCUGUUGGGUCAAUAGUGGCUUUAUUUUUCUUUUCUGUCAACUCAAAUAUACCUGACAGUGUCUCCGCGCGUGUGUUUGCUUUUAGGCUGCUGAGCUGUUUUUCCAGGUGCCGCACGUGACUUUUUUUUUUUUUGUUGCACGCGAAAUGAAGUUAAAUGAGUGUCCAAUUAAGCAAUAUUCACCUCGUGGGAGUUGUGGAGAACAGUGGAGGAUUUUUGUUUUUUAUGGUUUUGAAGCAUCAUAUGUGAGCUUUUGAAGCGGAAACACCUGGUGCACCUGUCUACAGGUGUGUGUUUCAGCUGUGAACUCAACACAGAUAUCGAUAGUGAAAGUUUAAUAUCUGCAGUUUUAACAAGAAGAAGAAGAAGGAAGUUUGAUUCAGACCUUUCUGGACUAAAGAUGGAGCGGACUGGGCAAAGGGAAAUGUGUCUGGCGCUGCUUUUACUAGUUGCGGUGUGUGCGCAGGGCGUCUUUGUGGAGCCUCCUCAGCCCGUCACGUCCCAGCGCUCCCUGGCAGAAAGUGAGACCAGGCUGCCCUGUCGAUACCAGGUGGAGGAUGAAGAGAAAGUGGUGCAGGUCACCUGGUUCAAGGAGCUUCCAGACGGCAGCAAAGAGCAGAUCAUCACUGCCCACUUUACAGACGGUCACACAGAGUUCGGGCGUUACUCAGGCCGGGUGAGGUUCGAGAGCGGGAGCCCCACAGAGAACUCGGCUCUGCUCAUCCCCAGCACCGAGGAGUCGGACGAAGGCAGCUACACCUGCCACAUCUCCACGUUCCCCAACGGAAACUUCGAGAGGCACAUCACACUCACCGUCUGGAUUGUACCCAUCUCCUCCCUGGAGCCUGUUUUGCUGGUGGAGGGCCAGUCGUUCCGUUUGGCAGCCUCCUGUCGAGCCGUGGGUCGCCCGCCUCCCCGUCUCUCCUGGGACACGGAUCUGCCAGGCCAGUCCCAGAACCGCACCAAUGAAGGCGGGUCUGUGUCCAGCUACUACUCCCUGCACCCGCUGCGCAGCAUGAACGGGAAAAAGCUGGACUGUUUGGUGUGGCAUCCCAGCCUGGAGAAGCCGCGCAGGAUCUCGAACCGCCUGGUGGUUCAAUACCCCCCAGAUGCCACCAUCUCCACCGAUAACGGAAAGUGGUUCGUGGGUUUGGAGAAAGCCGAGCUGCUCUGCAAAAGCGGAGGAUACCCCAAACCUGAGAACAUCACCUGGACAUGGAGAGGAGGAGCUCUGCCAGGUGGGACGUCUGUGGUUGGAGAAAAGCUUGUUUUUGGGCGGCCCGUUCGCAGGAAUGACAGUGGGGUCUACGAGUGUGUGGUCAGGAACAACGUUGGGGUCGCAAAAGCAGAUUUUACACUGGAGGUAACAGAAGACAGUCCACAAGUGCGUGGGUCCCCCAUUGACAACCAGUUGCUCAUCAUUAUUGGCGCUUCAGCCGGAGCUUUGGUCAUGAUCCUGGUCAUUGUGGUGCUGCUUGUCAACCGCUACCAUCGACACAAGAACAAAAAACUGGAGAUGGAGCUCAGCGAAAAAACGGAGGAAAUUAACAGUUUCUCCAGACAAGCCUCCUUCAGGAGACUGAACUCUGUCAGUUCAGACCCCAGAGUGCAGUCUGAAGAUUACGCGCUGCUGAGAGUCGACAGCCGACUGAAAAACAGCGAGAUGUCUCUGGAAAGACCCAUCUACAAAGGCAGCCAGUCCACACUGGGUGGUAAAUGGGGGCCUGGCGGAGGAGUAGAGGUGGACGAACUGGGACGUCCCGUGGUGUGGCACGACGGCAGAGAGAGCCUGAGAGGAGCAGACAUGGACAGAGAGAGCGAGGAGCGCAGGAGGAGGGUGGAGUCAUACCUGAAGAGCAGCAACAUGUCACUGGACUCAGGUCUGCCCUCUUCCCUGGUUCCCGUGAAGGUCCAGCAGGAGGAAGCCAGAGACCCAGACCUCAGGCAGCGAGACUCGCCGCCGUCGGUAGCCGAGGAGGGACACGAGGAUGACGAAGACAGCAGCUACCAGAUAUCGGAGGCGCUCAACCACCACUUCUAUUACAGUAACGGGAUCCUCAGGCCCAGGCCACACUCCAACGGCAUUCUGCUGCACCCCAGAGGACAGAUCAUCUAGACCACACGAGGACUCUCACCCGCACGAGAGAAGAGAGAAAGCCGGUCUGCAUUGCUGCAUUGAAAAUGACCUCAUUCUUUGUAAUGGGAUGUUUGUUUUGUACACAGUGGCUGCAGCGUGUAAUUAGCCCCCGAAGAACGAUCCAAAAAAUUUUAUUAUUUUUUUCCCUUGGAGUUUUUGAUCUUUUAUCCUAACCCUGUAAUAAUCUGGGAUGUUUUUUUUUUUUUUGGAAUAUUUUUGCAGGCACGUUUAUGCCUUUUAUUAAAAGCUGACAGUGGGAACACAACAGGAGAUGAGAUGAGAGAGAGUUGGUGAAUGUCACGGGCAGCAUGGGGUCUCCAGCCUGGGCACAAACCAGGGAUGUUGCGGUUCACGGCCACCGGGGUGCCCCCCGUAAUUUGGAAGUGUUUGAUCCUAAUUAGUUUGAAGAUGGAGAACUAGAAGACCCUCGCCAUCUUUCUCCUUCGACGUGCAAAGGCUCCUGUUACACAAUGUUUACCGUAUAACCUGUAAGACUUAACAAUGCCUGCUUUACAGCUGGACACACGUUUAAAUUCACAACAGGAAGGUCUCGAUAAAUCCUGCGAACUGAGAUUUGUUUACACCCCAACCUUUAAGAAAGCUUCAAUAAUAUUUCCAGCUGUGAAAUAAGAUGCACCUGUGUAUAAGGAGUUAGUGUAUGUAUGUAUGUAUUAUAUAUGUAUAUGUAAGGCAGAGAUAUAAGGCGUUACUGUGUGUUUAUGAUGUUGUAAUUAAAAGCUACCUGAAACUCCGAAAAGGUCAAAAAAAAAAAAAAAAAGGCCUGCGGUUCUGAUGGACGCGGACAAAGUCUUCAAACUGGUGGAUGUUCAUGGAUAAACGCAGCAAACUUAACCGUAUCUACAUCAACGUGACAGAGCACAGCAGUGUACAGGCUGCACAAAACUGUAUAGACGCACAACGGGUUGUGUAUAUGUUGUAAAUAUAUGUUUUAUAUCCACGGAGUGUUGGAAAAGAAAACUGACAAUGUAAAAUGUUAAAAUGUUUAUUCAUAAAAGUACAGCAUAAAAACAAAGUCACUGUUCUUUAUUAUUAUCAUUGUUAUUAUUAUAAUAACCUGGGACAUUUAAGCUUGGUUCAGCUCCCGCGUGAGGUUAAAGGGCGUCAUUAAUCACAGCUGCAGCAGUAAUGUAACAUUGUGUCGGGCUGUAGUGAUUUCCUGGUUUACUUAA